CUUGAAGUUUCAUUUCAUUUCAUUUUUUUUCUGAAAAUGGCCGCUCCAAUUCUCAAUCCAUCAGUCCCAGGAACCUUUGCUCUCCCCUUCGGAGUUCGCAGCGGACUUCAAAUUGCUGUCAAUGGAUUGGUUAAGCACAAAAAGGACUUUGUCGUCAACCUGAUCUCCGGUGGAAACAUCGCUCUUCACGUCAACUUCCGAUUCGAGAAGCAGAAGAUUGUGGCAAUCAACGCUAAAAUUGAUAAUGCAUGGGGAAACGAGAUCUCCCACGCCAACCCACUUCACCACGACCAGGCCUUCGACCUGCAAAUCCGUGUCUACCCAGGAUACUUCCACAUCACCACCAACGGAGUUCUUCUCGGAGACUUCCCACAUCGUCUUCCCUUUGAAAGCAUUCAGGCUAUCAAUCUCGAAGGAAAAGUUCACAUUAACAAUGUUCAAUAUUCUCAAUUCCAUUAAAUUAGUCGUUACCACAUUUUUUCAAUUUCUUUUUUAUUGGACACUUUUGUAAUAAACAUGUGCAAAACUGCCGUCUUUUG